CUCGUUCUCUCCCCACCGAAUCUGAAGAAGGGGGAGAGAGAGGGAGGCAAGGGGCGAUGGGGAAGUCCUCCGUCCCCGUAGCUCUGAUCUACGUUACCCUAGCUGUCCUCCUCCUCGUCCUCCUUUCUUUGGCCCCCAGCCACCCUCAGCGCCCUCACCGCCGCCUCAAGCUUCGGUCCUCCUUCUCGUUCUCCGCCCCACCCGCCUCCCACGACCGCCGGAUUCCCUUCGACCCCAUCAUCGCGGACAUCGAGCGCCGCCGGGAGGACCGCGAGUGGGAGCGGACCCACUUCUUCCCCCACAGCGGUGGCGGCGAUUCCGCCCCGGCCAUGGAGGCCCAACCGGAGUGGGAGGACUUCAUCGACGCCGAGGACUAUAUCAACGACGAGGACCGUUUCAACGUCACACAUCGCAUCAUCGAUCUCUUCCCCAAAAUCGACGUUGGCCCCGCUGACGGCUUCGUAAGCUCCGACGAGCUCACUCAGUGGAACCUCAAGCAGGCGGAGAAGGAGGUGAUGCACCGGACGGAGCGGGACAUGGAGCUCCAUGACAAGAACCGCGACGGAUUCAUCUCGUUCGACGAGUACGAGCCCCCCAGCUGGGCCCACCGGUUCUAUGAUAGCAAUUCAACUGAUGAUAAAGUGGGUUGGUGGAAAGAAGACCACUUCAAUGCUUCAGAUGUGGAUGAAAAUGGUCUUCUAAAUCUAACUGAGUUCAAUGAUUUCCUACAUCCAGCGGACAGUCGCAAUCCAAAGCUGAUGCAUUGGUUGUGUAAAGAAGAAAUAAGGGAAAGAGAUAAAGACAGAGAUGGAAAACUGAGUUUUCAAGAAUAUUUUAAUGGGUUAUUCGACUCACUUCGAAAUUAUGAUGAAGUUUACAAUGCUAUAGAUCAGUCUGAUACUUCAGUGGAGGCACCGGCUAAGAAAUUAUUCUCACAGCUUGACCAAGACAAUGAUGGAUUGUUGUCGGAAGAUGAACUACUACCUGUAAUUGGUAAUCUUCACCCAUCAGAACAUUACUAUGCAAAACAACAAGCUGAUUAUGUGCUGACGCAGAGGGAGACAUGAAGAAAGUGACUGAUAUUUUCCAAGAAUCCAGCACAUAUUUUGUGAGCCUCCAAGAAACAUUUAUCAGUAUUCCUAAGGAGGGCAUGGCCAUGGAAGACUACCUAUUAUUCACUAAUUAGCUCGUUGAGAGGGCUGUAUAAUGUCAUUCAUCAUAGGGCCAUGGCCUUAUGCAUAAAUGAUAGGCCAUGUUCUUUAUUCGCGAUGUAUUUAUGUCAAAGGCAUAUUUAAAGUAGGAAUCGGCGUCAAGAAAUUUUAUGGAUAUGUAUAUUGGAGUUGUUUGUUUCUUGUCCUACAGGAUAGGGUUAUGGAAGUUAGUGUUUUUUUUUUUUUUUAAAAUAUCUUGUUUUCUUUCUAUUUUGUGAUGAUUCAUCUUUUCAUAUACAUUAUUUAGGAAAAGUAAUGAGUUGAGAUAAUGAAAUUCUUCAUCCCCUACUGUUCAUUUUUAUUUCAGCAGUCUUCGCUAUAUUGGUUAUAGCGCUUACAGUGAUCAAUUAUAAGCAGGGAUAUUAGGACUGUGAGUGGAUUUUGGUUUACCACUUAAUGAAGCUUACUAAUUGCUUCCUUUCUGUUCACAUCGACAAAUAACAGAAUGCAGAAGAAUAGUAACAUUAUGAUAGCUGGCUGUGCAAUUUGCAUUGUGAUUCAUAAUCAUAGUCACAUUCAUUGGGCUUUUUCUCAACUAUUAGGGUCAUCUUUAUGGAUCUAACUUUGCCAAGUAUUUCCAUGGGCCACAUCUAAUGUUCUGAGUUUUUCCAUAUCCUUCCUCAGUCACCACCUCCAUCCAUGUUACCUUAAGUCUUCCCCUCCUUUUACUUGUUGGCCGAAGCAUUUCAUAAUAUUCUUGAAAUUAACAUGUUAUUAUCAA